AUGUUCGACCUGACACGGAUUACGAUCCCGCCCUCGCUGGGAGAGCGCUGCUUUGUCCUACGCUCAAGGCUCAACAUCCGCGAGACUGCCGUGCGCAUGGGUGACGUGCAGUACUACACACUCCCCAGCAUCGCGCAGCUGCAGCUCCCAGCCAUCAAAGGAUCAUGGGAAAGUAUCUACCGCAGCCUCCUGCCAUUUCGGGAUGCCAUCAUCAAUGACGGCCACAGGAUCCGUUCCAUUUCGGAACUUGCUGCCUUCCUGAAGGUGAGCCCGGACAAUGGACCAAUGACGCGCUCGGCCGCAUCGCCCAGCAUUUUCGAUCUUUGCCUCGUGAUCUAUGACCUCAGCUGUCCGUGCAACUUGGACUUCUUGAAAGUUGUUGGCCUUAUGUACUGCUAA